AUGGCUUCCACAGACAAUGCCGAAAUGGCCACUUCCACGCACGACAACCGGACCGAUUCCGAGAAGGCUGCCCAGCUGGAGUCCGCUCCCGGCAGCGAGACUGAGCGGGACAUGGAAGACGCCAGGGAACCGGUUUCUGGGGACAAGACAGACGACGCCACUUUGCAGGAUGCAGGUCCCCCUGAUGGCGGUACCGCUGCAUGGCUGGUCGUCUUGGGAGCAUGGUGUUGCUCCUUUUGCAGCCCUGGUUGGAUCAACAGCAUGGGCACUUUCCAGGAGUACUACCAAGUCGGACCUCUACACAACUACUCCAGCAGCACGAUUGCCUGGAUUCCGUCGCUCCAGCUCUUCUUCCUGUUCGGCUUGGGGCCCAUCGUCGGCAGAAUCUUCGACAUCUACGGACCGAGACCGCUCAUCAUUGGCGGGACCAUCUUGCACGUCUUUGGGCUGAUGAUGGCAUCGUUGGCGAGGACGUACUAUCAGUUCCUCUUAUCACAGGGCGCUGACUGUAUCCUGCGCAAUGAAGCGCUUACUACAAUAGCAACCUGGUUUGACAAGAAGCGCGGAGCAGCCAUGGGGAUCAUGGCAACAGGCUCAUCGGUCGGCGGUGUCAUUUUCCCCAUUAUGAUCAGCCGCAUGAUCAAGAGGAACGGGUACCCCUGGGCCUUGAGGGCAGCGGCGUUUCUCAUCCUCGGUCUCCAAAUCAUUGCCUGCUUCACAGUGCGCCAGAGGACAAAGCCCGCUCCCAAGGAGUUUUCCGCCAAGCGUUUGGCUGCCCCGUUCAAGGAGUUCCCGUUUGCCAUCUUGCUGCUGGGCAUCUUCGUUCUGACCUAUGGCAUGUACAUCCCCAUUGACUAUCUGCCAUCACAGGGUUAUCAGGAGGCGCACAUGUCGGAGGACAUGUCUCAAUACUUGGUGGCCAUCUUGAACGCUGCGAGGCAAUUCCACGCCAGUCUCUUUGGCCGUCUGGGUGCCGGUUAUGGGGCCGAUUUGAUCGGAAGAUGGAACAUGUUCAUCAUCGCCUGUGUCGUUUCUGGAAUCUCCAACCUCGCCGCUUGGAUCCCCGCCAAGACCUCCUCCAUCACCAUCGGCUACGCCAUCAUGUUCGGUUUCGCCUCAGGAGCCUUUGUCUCUCUAGUCGGCGCCCUCCCCCUCUCUGUGUCUCCCGUGCCCGAAAUCGGCUACCGGAUGGGCGUAGUCUUCCUUGUCAUCUCGAUCCCCUCUCUCACCAUGGCGCCCAUCGGCGGAGUCAUCCUGCAACAUGCGGCCAACAGCUGGCUGGACUUGAAGAUCUUUGCCGGUGUCAUGUGCCUUGCAGGGUCGGCAAUUAUCCUCGGGUCGAGGCUGCUCUAUACCGAGAAGCGAUUUUUCAAGGUGUUUUGA